UUGUUGGGUCCCUGUAUAACAGCGUAGGAACGAACACCGAACAAGACACAGAGCCCUGAGGGCUGCGAAAUUAGGCGAUGACGAGAAAGAAGAGGAAGACGAGAGAGGCAGCCACAAUCCAUCCCAGAAACAAAUACGCUGAAAAUCCACCAGAUUUUGCUCUCUUAGCCUCUCUAUACCCUUCCUUCCAACCCUUCGUCUUCCUUGAGCCCCGACCCAGAAUCGACUGGACCGACUUCAACGCCACCCGUGAACUUACCCGGGUUUUGCUUCUCCACGACCACGCCCUUCACUGGUGGAUUCCUGAUGGACAGCUCUGCCCAACAGUACCCAAUAGAUCAAAUUAUAUCCAUUGGCUUGAAGAUCUUUUGUCAUCUGAUGUCGUUGCAAAGGCAAAUAGGGAUAGAGGUAGUAAUGUAAGAGGUUUUGACAUAGGAACGGGGGCAAAUUGCAUUUACCCUCUUCUUGGUGCCUCUCUUCUUGGGUGGAGUUUCGUCGGGACAGAUGUGACGGAUGUAGCUCUAGAGUGGGCUGAAAGAAAUGUCAAAAGUAAUCCACAUGUUUCUGAACUUAUUGAAAUUAGAAAGGUAGAUGAUACCUUAGACGGUCUUACGACAGAAUUACGUAGUAAUGUAGCUGUUGAUAAUGAACGCAAGAUUAUGAAUGGUAUGGACGGUAGGGAAGUAGGGCCAUCCCCGCCCUCAUCCUCGUCAAAGGAGACGAUCCACUCGGAGAAGCGAUAUCAUGGUCCUCCCAUUCUUCUUGGUGUUGUCAAAGAUGGUGAGGAGUUUGACUUUUGCAUGUGCAAUCCUCCUUUUUUUGAGAGUAUGGAUGAAGCGGGAUUGAAUCCAAAGACUGCUUGUGGUGGAACUCCACAAGAGAUGGUUUGUCCGGGCGGGGAGAGGGCAUUUAUCAGUCGUAUGAUCGAAGACAGCAUUGUCUUGAAGCAAACUUUCCGGUGGUAUACUUCAAUGAUUGGGAAGAAAUCAAACCUCAGCUUCCUGAUAUCUAAACUUUGGAAAGUCGGAGUGACGGUUGUCAAGACUACAGAAUUCGUCCAAGGCCAAACUUGCCGGUGGGGACUUGCUUGGUCUUUUAUGCCUGCAGGACGGAAGAUUAUAUCUCCGCACGUCACUAACAAGAGCGUUUCGUCUUUCAUGCUCGAGGGCCUCCUUCCACAAGUCAGUGCCAUGAGUAUACUGCAAUCAGUCGAACGUUUUCUUAGCGCGGGUGGAGCUUCUUGUAAACUGAACACUUCUUCAUUUACAGUAGAUGUUACUGCAUCUAACGAUCACUGCCGAGCAAUUCUCGAGAAUGGGGCAUAUGAAGUCGACAAAGGUGCCAGUGGAGUACCUGUGGAAAAAUCCGAGCCUCAACCCUCAACUGAUCUGUGUUUUCGAGUUUCGGUCUUUCAACAGAUCCCUGGCACGCUUCUUGUGAAAGGCUCCUUGCAUCAUAAGAGUAGUCCUUCUUCAGGCUCAUUCUCACAGAUUUUCCACCGAUUAGAGGAAUUCCUGAAAGCUGAAUCUUGUAAAGAAAAGGUGUUAUAGGAGAUCCUUCUGCCUCGAACAAUCCUUAGAACUCGAGGAUACAGUCGUAUAACCUAUAAACAGAUCCUAUUUAUGUGGAAGCUGCACAACACGACACUUGUAUUGCACACUUCGCAGGGUCGGAGCAAACGAGAGUAAGUUAAAAGAUCGUUUAUACAAAAAGUUAGUAGGUACAAUUUUGAUCCUUACGAACUUCUUAGCUCCGCCCUUGUGACACUCAACAAAUCUAGUUAUUUUUGUAUCUUUUGAAAA